UGUUGGUUGUCGUUAGAAUCUGGAUUAUUGUGGGCAUUUAUAGGACCUGCGUUAGCUGUUAUUUUAGUAAGUGUAUUAUUAUCAUCUUUAGAUGUUGUCAUGCAUAAUGUAUACAUUACAAAACUUAACUAUACCCCAGAAGAAGAUUUCGAUAGAUCGAUACAAACUGAUGGCCGUAAUUUGGCACUGUCUGUAUUACUACCAAUAACUGGAUUAACCUGGAUAUUUGGUGUAUUUUCUGUCAAUGGUUAUACUGUUAUCUUUCAGUAUUUAUUUGCCCUCUUUAAUUCCCUUCAGGGAUUGUUUAUUUUUAUUUUCCACUGUUUUUUGAACAGACAGGUAAAUUAUAUCUUUACUUCCUUUGGUAGGUCUAUCGUAUAUUGUUUUUUACCUAUUCUGGUAUCUCGACACCCACUUUUCCGAUUGAGUUGGAUUUUUAAACGAUGA